UCGGGCCCUCAGGCGGAGCGGCGGGCGCCGGACCCCCAGGAGGAACGACAGGUCUCGGGCCCUCAGGCGGAGCGGCGGGCGCCGGACCCCCAGAUUGGAGCGACAGGUCUCGGGCCCUCAGGCGGAGCGGCGGGCACCGAGUCACCAGGCACAACCGUGGGCUCCGAGUCAACUGGGAUGACCGCUGGCACUGGGUCAGACAUUGGAUCGUCUGGCUGGACAGCGGGCAUCGGGUCACCAGGCAUCAGGUCAUUUGGCUCGACAGCGGGCACCGCGUCAUCUGGCAAGGCAGUGGGCUCCGAGUCAACAGGCACAACAGUGAGCACCGGGUCAUCAGGUACCGGAUUGUCUGGCUCGACAGCGGGCAUCGGGUCACCAGGCAUCAGGUCAUUUGGCUCGACAGCGGGCACCGGAUCAGGUACCGGAUCAUCUGGAUCAACAGCGGGCAUCGAGUCAACUGGCCUAAUAGGAUCGUCAGGCUGGAUCAGUUCAUCAUGCUGGGUAGAGGCAUCAGGCCGAGUAGAGGCAUCAGGCCGAGUAGAGGCUUCAGGCCGAGUAGAGGCUUCAGGCCGAGUAGAGGCAUCAGGCCGAGUAGAGGCA